AUGGCGAAAACUGUGGAACCAACAAAUAAGUUCGCCGAGCUCAUUGCGGGCCAGAGCAUUAUGCAUAUUCCCUCGCUCACUUUGGAGAUUGGUGGCGACGAACUCAAAGACGUACCGGUUGCGUACAAAACAUGGGGCUCCCUCAACGAGAAAGCAGACAAUGCGAUGGUGGUGUGCCACGCCCUCUCCGGUUCUGCCGAUGUCGCUGACUGGUGGGGCCCGCUCCUCGGUGCUGGUCGGGCAUUUGAUCCCAGCCGCUACUUUAUUGUUUGCAUGAAUGCUCUAGGAUCACCCUACGGUACUGCCUCUCCAGUAACAAUAAACCCCACGACGGGUAAAGUCUAUGGUCCUGAAUUUCCCCUGACCACUAUCAAGGAUGAUGUGCGGCUGCAGAAAAUGGUUUUGGACAGGCUCGGUGUAAAGCAAAUUGCAGUAGUGAUUGGAGGGUCUAUGGGCGGAAUGAUGGCCCUAGAGUACCUUUACUUUGGCAAAGAGUAUGUCCGCAGUGCUGUAGUCCUUGCCUCUUGCGCCUACCACUCGGCGUGGGGAAUUAGUUGGGGUGAGGCCCAACGGCAAAGCAUAUAUGCCGAUCCAAAGUACCAGGAUGGCUAUUAUGACAUUAAUGAUCAGCCCAGUGCGGGGUUGAGUGCAGCCCGUAUGAGUGCGCUCUUGACCUACCGAAGUCGCAAUUCCUUUGAUUCAAAGUUUGGACGCAACGUGCCGAACCCCGACGUUCACAAAGGAUCCGAUACACCAGAUAUUUCUGAUACCGAAACCAGCGAGGACCGCUGGUCUGUCCACAACCACGGAAACGUUCGAAGCAACAGGCCAGUUGCAUACCGUCCCAAACCGGCCCAGCACUACUUUACAGCCCAGAGUUAUCUCCGCUAUCAGGGCCAGCGCUUCAUUGACCGGUUUGAUGCCAAUUGCUACAUUGCAAUCACUCGUAAACUCGACACGCAUGAUGUCUCUCGCGGUCGCACUGCCACCGUGGAGGAAGCGCUGGAAACGAUCGAACAACCGGUCCUUGUAAUUGGUAUUCCCUCUGAUGGACUUUUUACCUUCUCAGAACAGGAGUAUAUGCAUGAACAUCUCAAAAACUCCGAGCUGCAUGAAAUCCAGAGCCCCGACGGCCAUGAUGCGUUCCUGCUCGAGUUUGCAGCUAUCAAUGACCGGAUCCACGAGUUCCUGGUCAAACGGAAUCCCGAAAUCAUGAAGGGCCUUGACCACGCUGCUCCCAUCGGCGAAUCGGGCUGCGGUUCUUUGAUCAGCGAGACCUCAGUCACAGAGUGGUGA